AAUCCCUUCCACGAAAAACCCCUCUUCCCUUCUUAUCUCUUUUCCAAACCCCCCAAACCCCGUUUUCCCAUUUUCUCGUCUUCUCAGAACAGAGACCCAAAAAGGCGUCGCCUUUGAGCGUCGAGAUGUGUGGUGGUGCGAUCAUCUCUGACUUCAUUCCGCUGCCGGCGGCCUCCCGCCGGCUCACCGCCGACUCCCUCUGGCCAAAUUUCAAGAAGGGCGGCGGCGGUGGUGGAAAGAAGAAAGGCCGGAAGCAGGAGGUGGUGGAGUUCGACGACGAUUUCGAGGCCGACUUCGAGGACUUCAAGGACGAGUCCGAGGAGGAGGAGGAGGAGGAGAUCGACGUCAAGCCCUCCGCCUUCGUCUCCAAGGCCCCCUUCUCUGGAGAGGGUUCAACCACUCUAAAAUCAGUAGAAUUCAAUGGGUGUGCAUUUAGAUCAGCAAAAAGGAAGAGAAAGAAUCAAUACAGAGGAAUCCGCCAGCGUCCGUGGGGCAAGUGGGCAGCUGAAAUCAGAGAUCCCCGCAAAGGGGUUCGUGUCUGGCUUGGAACAUUCAACACUGCUGAAGAAGCUGCAAGAGCUUAUGAUGUUGAAGCUCGUCGUAUCCGGGGCAAGAAAGCUAAAGUGAACUUCCCUGAAGCACCUGCGAGUGCCCAAAAACGCAACCAGAAACCAACUUUGCAAGCACCAAAACCAGCAUUGUCAGAGGAGCAGAAGUUUAAUCAGUCCAAGUACCUGAAUGACCCAGAUUAUGAUUUCUAUACUAUGGGUCACAGGGAAGUGAAGGAGCUUGCAAAGCCCGAGUACAUGAAUUCCCUUCCCUUGCUAGAAUCUUCUCCACCUUCCGGGGGCACUGGGUUUUUAAAUUUUCUCUCUGAUCAGGGAAGCAACUCUAUUGAUUGUUUAGAUUUCGGAUGGGAACAUGAAACCAAGAAUCCGGAGAUCACAUCAGUUCUUGCUCCUACGAUAACUGAGGGUGAUGAAUCCAGAUUCCUGGAGCAUGGUAGCCCCCAGAAGAACCUGAAAAGCCAAUCUGGUGAGGCAGUACCAGCAGAGGAAAACUCUGCAUUGAAACUUUCUGAGGAGCUAUCUGCCUAUGAAUCAUAUAUGAAGUUCCUGCAGAUCCCUUAUCUUGAGGGGAGCGCAUAUGAGUCAAUUGACAGCCUCUUCAGCUGUGAAGUGGCUCAGGAUGGUCUGAACCCUCUGAAUCUUUGGAGUUUUGAUGACCUGCCCACAGAGAGCAGCAUUUACUGAGGGAUAAUGGUUUUCUGUGAAUAAUGAUAAGGAAUUGUUGUCAUUGGAGGAUCUGGAGGACCAGAAAUGUUUGCCGGCUGCAAUCAAUUGAAUUGAAUUAUGGUUUACAAAAGUACCUGAU